GACUACUACUGUAAGCCUGUGGAAUAGGAGAGAAAAGGAGUCCUACUCUGCGUUAAGUAAGCUCUGAGAGAGUCAUGACUUUCCAGAGGAGGGAAACGUCGGCUAAGUAAACCGGCAUUACUACGCGGUUCCUGCGGAGUAGCGGAACCAUCGACGUUAGCGGGAAAGGCUUCCGCCCGGAUUUUACCAGCCGCUUCCGUUACACAGCGGAAGUGUGGGUCGCGAGCUCGCGACUUGGACGCGUUCGCUGUUCGCUGUUCGCUGUACGCUGUGUGAGCCACCGGAAUCAUGUCGAGUUUGGCGGUGAGAGACCCGGCAAUGGAUCGGUCCCUGCGUUCGGUGUUCGUGGGAAACAUUCCUUAUGAAGCUACCGAGGAGCAGUUGAAGGACAUUUUCUCGGAGGUUGGUUCUGUUGUCAGUUUUCGGCUCGUGUACGAUAGAGAGACGGGCAAGCCCAAGGGUUAUGGCUUCUGCGAGUACCAGGACCAGGAGACCGCGCUUAGUGCCAUGCGCAACCUCAAUGGGCGAGAGUUCAGUGGGAGAGCGCUGCGGGUGGACAAUGCUGCCAGUGAGAAGAACAAGGAGGAGCUCAAGAGUCUCGGGCCUGCUGCGCCCAUCAUUGACUCACCCUAUGGGGACCCCAUCGAUCCAGAAGAUGCCCCAGAAUCGAUUACCAGAGCAGUCGCCAGCCUCCCUCCAGAGCAGAUGUUUGAGCUCAUGAAGCAAAUGAAGCUGUGUGUUCAAAACAGUCACCAGGAAGCUCGAAACAUGUUGCUUCAGAAUCCACAGCUGGCUUAUGCGCUGCUGCAGGCACAAGUCGUGAUGAGAAUCAUGGAUCCUGAGAUUGCCCUGAAAAUUCUGCAUCGCAAGAUACACGUGACACCGUUGAUCCCAGGCAAAUCUCAGCCUGUCUCUGGUCCUGGACCUGGACCUGGACCCGGACCCGGACCUGGACCAGUACCUGUACCUGGCCCUGGGCCUGGGCCUGGCCCUGGCCCUGGCCCUAGCCCUGCUUCUGGGCUCUGCCCUGGACCAAAUGUUAUGCUGAACCAACCGAAUCCUCCAGCCCCUCAGCCACCUCAACAUCUGGCUAGAAGACCUGUGAAAGACAUUCCUCCUCUGAUGCAGACUUCUAUCCAGGGGGCAAUUCCAGCACCUGGGCCAAUGCCAACUGCAGUUCCUGGACCUGGACCUGGUUCUUUAGCUCCUGGAGGAGCAAUGCAGCCACAAGUUGGCAUGCCAGUGGUUGGCCCAGUGCCUUUGGAGCGGGGACAAAUGCAGAUGUCAGAUCCUAGAGCUCCUAUGCCUCGAGGACCCAUGACUGCUGGCGGCAUACCUCCUCGAGGACUGCUGGGAGAUGCUCCAAAUGACCCACGUGGAGGGACUUUGCUUUCAGUUACUGGAGAAGUAGAACCCAGAGGUUAUCUGGGUCCACCUCAUCAGGGUCCUCCUAUGCACCAUGGCCAUGACAGUCGUGGCCCUUCACAUGAUAUGAGAGGAGGGCCAAUGGCAGAUCCCAGAAUGCUAAUUGGAGAGCCCAGAGGACCCAUGAUAGAUCAAAGAGGGCUACCUAUGGAUGGCAGAGGAGGUAGAGAGUCUCGUGGGAUGGAGCCCCGAGCCAUGGAAACUGAGGUCCUGGAGGCACGAGUAAUGGAGAGAAGAGGAAUGGAGACCUGUGCAAUGGAAACCAGAGGAAUGGAAGGAAGAGGCAUGGACGCAAGAGGACUAGAGAUGAGGGGCCCUGGCCCUGCUUCCAGAGGUCCUAUGACUGGUGGAAUCCAGGGUCCUGGCCCCAUUAAUAUAGGGGCUGGUGGCCCUCAGGUACCUAGACAGGUUCCAAGUCUGUCUGGAGUGGGAAAUCCUGGAGGAGGGAUGCAGGGGGCAGGUAUGCAAGGAGGAGGGAUGCAGGGGCCAGGGAUUCAAGGAGGAGGGAUGCAGGGAGCAGGGAUGCAAGGAGGAGGGAUGCAGGGGGCAGGGAUGCAAGGAGGGAUGCAGGGAGCAGGUAUGCAAGGAGGAGGGAUGCAGGCGGCAGGGAUGCAAGGAGGAGGGAUGCAGGGAGCAGGGAUGCAAGGAGGAGGGAUGCAGGGAGCAGGGAUGCAAGGAGGAGGGAUGCAGGGAGCAGGGAUGCAAGGAGGAGGGAUGCAGGGAGCAGGCAUACAAGGAGGAGGGAUGCAGGGGGCAGGCAUGCAAGGAGGAGGGAUGCAGGGAGCAGGCAUGCAAGGAGGAGGGAUGCAGGGAGCAGGCAUGCAAGGAGGAGGGAUGCAGGGGGCAGGCAUACAAGGAGGAGGGAUGCAGGGGGCAGGCAUACAAGGAGGGAUGCAGGGGGCAGGAAUACAAGGAGGAGGGAUGCAGGGGUCUAGCAAGCCAGGUGGAGGGCAGCCUAGCAGUUUUAGUCCUGGGCAGAGCCAGGUAACUCCUCAAGAUCAGGAAAAGGCAGCUUUGAUCAUGCAGGUUCUUCAGCUGACUGCGGAUCAGAUUGCCAUGCUGCCUCCUGAGCAAAGGCAGAGUAUCCUGAUCUUAAAGGAGCAAAUCCAGAAAUCCACUGGUGCUUCUUAAGAGGGAUGAGAAAGUACUUGGCUGUAGUCUUAGAAAGUUUAUUCUGUAGCAUGGAGAGUGGGGUGCCAAAAGCUAACCUCUGCAUCCACACAUCUUAAUGAUUAGAGUUUCCUUUUCCCCAGACCUUCCUCUUAUUUCUAGUCUUUUCAUGUUUUCUUUUUUAUUUUUAAUUCAGGGGAGGGUGAAAAAGAGGAGGGGGUGGGCCUGUUCACUUUAAGUCACUGUUAAUGUACAGUAAUAACCCUGGAAAUUAUUAUACAUUAAAUAAGACUAUAAGGAAUAUUAAAAUAUCUGACUUACCUGCAUUUAAAAAGUAUUGAGCCUACUGUGUAAAAACUAGAGAAAGACUGAAAGGUGACUUGUUAAAGUAUUGAUGUCCUAAGAUGGAGUAAAGUUUUUGGUUGUAUAGUGAAGUUAACUUACCUCAAAAUUGUAAGAUAUAAUUUUUUUGGCAACCAAAAGUCAAAGUUCUAGUGUGGGUGCAGUAUGUUUUAGGCUAAGCAAUUUUAGUUGUUUUGGAAUUAUUUUGAAACACUAGAACAAAUAGAAUGUGCUUGAAUUUCUGAUAGUAGGUUUUUUUUUUAAAAGCUGUGUUGCAUCAUAUAUCAGACUCUUCUGACCCAGCAGUGUUCUCACUUGGACCCAGCAAAAUCACCAGUUGUAGGAUCAGUCAGACUACUUAGUCUCCUCUGAUGAGACACAAAUAAUCUCUUAAUAUCUCCCUAUUUGUCAAAAAAUAUUUAAGCCCUGUCUGUGGGUAAUUCUCUCACAUCCUCCCAAAAGAAUCACUGUCAAGGGGACCAUUUGAACUGAAUUAGUUGUAUACAGUAUUGAACUUUCUACAAAUAGCGGAAGGUUUCAUUCAAUAAAGCUUCCAGUUUUCUUGGUAACCAGCUUCUAUAUACAUAUAGUAUCCAUUUAGACAACAAGAAUCAAGAGAUAAAAAUCUUAGUCUUAACAUUUGAUAUACCUUACAGUUUUCUUAUUUCAUAAUGUGCUUUCCAUUGCCAUCCUUACUAGAAUGGAGGCCUAAAUAAACAGAGAUAUUCCUGUAGACUGAAUCUCUGUUUAGCUUACUUGUUACUUUACUUCUUAAAAGUCAAAAGCCAUUUAAUCCUAACAUCCAUACCCAUUUCAUAUAUUUAAAAAUCAACAGGAAAGUGGGGCUUACCAUACUCCUUUAGAGUUACUACUUAUUUUUAAGCUUUGAGGAUGAUUUAGACAUCUGUAUCAGUGUAGUCCAAGUGUUAAUUAACAGAAACAUAAUCUCCCACAUAACCAGGUGAUCCUCUGCAGGAACAUACAUAUGCAUGUACACACAGUUACACAAGGAAAGUAUCCUUUAGUACAGGAGAGAGCUCAGACUUUUGCAAGGUUUUUACAUUUUAAAUGGGCAGUUUACUCAUUUUAUAAAGUCUCCAUCUAUGCCUCUGUUAGCUGCCAUUUAUUUUUUGUGGUUGUUUAUAGUGCUAUCCAUUCAAUAGUUUCUGUUUGCUCCAUACUGUAGUGGGUAACACUUCUGUGCAUUUUUGUUACUUCUGGCUAAUACUCAGAUUGGCUUGGUUACUGGAAUUAUAGAUGCUGACCCUAACUAAAUUUUUCAUUGAAAUCUUACAGUCUUUGUUCUAGUAAAAUCUCUGUAUUGUUUAAUGAAGACUAAAUAAAGAUGGUAUAUAAAGGC